UGAAGAUAAUUAGGUUCAUUUUCGACCGACUUGGUGUCUGUGCACAGUGUGCGCUGCAGGAUGGCUGUUGCGCAAAAGACCAGCUGCAUGCUAGCUGUGGGUGGAAACAAGAUCGAUGCUCCCGUCACUGUGGUCGCCUUGUGUAUCACCAGGCCCAAUCGUUUCACAGUGGCACGAGAUUUCGGAUGCAGAGUGGGAGGACAUGUUGGAGGGUUUUGACGAGAGAAGUUACCUGAACGCUCGGCGCUGGAAGCCCGGCGACGACCCGUACACCCUGUACGCAUUCAACCAGAGAGAGAGCGAACGCAUCCCCAGCAACCGAGCCCUGAGAGACACACGACACUACAGGUGCUUUGUGCUACAGACCAGCCACAUCGAUGGACUUCUAAUCACAGAGAGCUGCACCACUCUUCACUAUGACUCCGACCUUCCUCCAACCUCCAUCAUCAUCACCUUCCACAAUGAGGCCAGAUCCACUCUGCUGCGCACCAUCAGGAGUGUUUUAAACCGAACUCCAGUUCAUCUCAUCCAUGAGAUCAUUCUGGUGGAUGACCUCAGCAACGACGAGAGUGACUGCCAGCUUCUCACCAAACUACCAAAAGUCAAAUGCCUUCGCAACAGCAAGAGAGAAGGUCUGAUCAGGUCCAGGGUGCGGGGGGCCGAUGCUGCACGAGCCGGGGUCCUCACCUUCCUGGACAGCCACUGUGAGGUCAACAAGGACUGGCUGCCCCCACUGCUGCAGAGGAUCAAAGAGGACCCAACCCGUGUGGUCAGCCCAGUCAUCGACAUCAUAAACAUGGACACUUUUGCCUACGUGGCAGCUUCUGCGGAUCUCCGUGGAGGUUUUGAUUGGAGUCUCCAUUUUAAAUGGGAGCAGCUGUCACCAGAGCAGAGGGCUCAGCGGAUCGACCCGACUGAGCCAAUCAAGACUCCCAUCAUCGCAGGCGGGCUCUUCGUGAUUGACAGGUCCUGGUUCAAUCACCUUGGCAAAUACGAUGCCGCCAUGGACAUCUGGGGCGGGGAGAACUUUGAGAUCUCGUUCCGGGUGUGGCAGUGUGGCGGCAGUCUGGAGAUCCUGCCCUGCAGCAGAGUGGGUCACGUGUUCAGGAAGAAACACCCGUAUGUCUUCCCUGAGGGCAACGCCAACACCUACAUCAAGAACACACGACGAACAGCUGAAGUGUGGAUGGACGACUUCCGGCUCUUCUACUACUCUGCUCGCCCUGCAGCACGAGGCAAAUCCUAUGGAGAUAUCCAAGGCAGAGUGGAACUCCGCAAGAAGCUCAAGUGCAAAUCCUUUAAGUGGUACCUGGACAAUGUCUACCCUGAGCUCAAGGUCCCAGAUGAUUCCGACUCCAAGUCCGGCGUGAUCAAGCAGCGGCAGAACUGUCUGGAGUCUCGCCGGGUCGAGGGCCAGGAGCUGCCCGUCCUCACACUAGCUCCCUGCGUAGGAGGAGAGGGGGUCCCCGCCAUCAAUCAGGAGUGGGUGUACACGCAUGGGCAGCAGAUCCGCCAGCAGCAGCACUGUCUGUCUCUGUCCACCACCUUCCCUGCCUCCCAGGUCCUGCUGCUGCCCUGCAACAUGGCCGAUGGCAAGCAGCGGUGGCAGAAGUCAGGGACCCACCUGGAGCACCUCGUGUCCCGGUUCUGUCUGGACUCAGAGAUGGCUCUGGACGGGAUGGACUCCUCCCGAAUGCUAGUCAUCAGCCCCUGUGAACUGAGCGCAUACACACAAAGAUGGGAGGUCCCCUUCUCCUGACCCCCGUGUCUGUGACCUUUCACCUCCACAAACCUGCCAUGUGACCCAUUGUUCACCUCCAGCACCUGGGUAGAAACAGCUGCUCGGGCAGCGUGAAGAUGCAUGAGCAUGUCGUGUCCCAGUGGUGGAAUGGAGAGCUGCAGAGCUUUGGUGCCUCUUCACAGUUUAUCACGACUAGAAGCCAAGUACAGAAGAAGAUCUGUACGGAAUCGAAACAUUACUGAAGGAAGAGAGACAUCACAAAUGUCAAGUUUGUUUUUCUGUAUGAGGCUUUUCAGACAUUUGGUGGAGAGUCAAACCAAGUGCACCUUAAAAACCCCUGAACUGUCAAAGAUUUGCUUGAGGGAAAAAAAAUAUAAAUCAGAGAAUGUAAUCUUUUGCAAUGUUUGUAUUUGGGGCUGUUCAGAAUCUGGGAAUUAAAAUCAAGCACAACUGGA